AUGGCGACGGAGACGGAGACCUUCGCCUUUCAGGCUGAGAUCAACCAGCUGCUCUCCCUCAUCAUCAACACCUUCUACUCCAACAAGGAGAUUUUCCUCCGCGAGCUCAUCUCCAACUCAUCCGAUGCAUUGGACAAGAUCAGGUUCGAGAGCCUCACUGACAAGAGCAAGCUCGAUGCGCAGCCUGAGCUGUUCAUCCACAUUGUCCCAGACAAGGCCUCGAACACCCUCUCCAUCAUCGACAGCGGCAUCGGCAUGACCAAGUCCGACCUCGUCAACAACCUCGGUACCAUCGCCAGGUCUGGGACCAAGGAGUUCAUGGAAGCCCUUGCUGCCGGCGCUGAUGUGUCCAUGAUUGGCCAGUUCGGUGUCGGUUUCUACUCUGCCUACCUCGUCGCCGAGAGAGUCGUCGUGACCACCAAGCAUAACGAUGACGAGCAGUACGUGUGGGAAUCCCAGGCGGGCGGGUCGUUCACGGUUACCCGUGACACGUCCGGGGAGCAGCUUGGCAGGGGUACUAAGAUCACACUGUUCCUAAAGGACGAUCAGCUGGAAUACCUUGAGGAGCGUCGCCUCAAGGAUCUGGUCAAGAAGCACUCUGAGUUCAUCAGUUACCCCAUCUCCCUGUGGACUGAGAAAACAACUGAGAAGGAAAUUUCUGAUGAUGAAGAUGAGGAAGAGAAGAAAGACACUGAGGAGGGCAAGGUUGAGGAUGUUGACGAGGAGAAGGAAGAGAAGGAAAAAAAGAAAAAGAAGAUCAAGGAGGUUUCUCAUGAGUGGUCGUUGGUCAACAAGCAGAAGCCCAUCUGGAUGAGGAAGCCAGAAGAGAUCACGAAGGAAGAAUAUGCAGCCUUCUACAAGAGCUUGACAAAUGACUGGGAGGAGCAUCUGGCUGUGAAGCACUUCUCUGUGGAGGGUCAGCUGGAGUUCAAGGCUGUUCUCUUUGUUCCUAAGAGGGCCCCCUUUGAUCUCUUUGACACCAAAAAGAAGCAAAACAACAUCAAGCUCUAUGUGCGUCGGGUGUUCAUCAUGGACAACUGUGAGGAGCUGAUCCCUGAGUGGCUGAGCUUUGUUAAGGGUAUUGUUGACUCUGAGGACCUUCCCCUCAAUAUCUCUCGUGAGACUCUUCAGCAGAACAAGAUCCUGAAGGUGAUCCGGAAGAACCUCGUGAAGAAGUGUGUUGAGCUCUUCUUUGAGAUUGCGGAGAACAAGGAGGACUACAACAAGUUUUAUGAGGCUUUCUCCAAGAACCUCAAGCUUGGCAUCCAUGAGGACUCGCAGAACAGGAGCAAGAUUGCUGAGCUUCUGAGAUACCACUCCACCAAGAGCGGUGAUGAGCUGACCAGCCUCAAGGACUAUGUGACCAGGAUGAAGGAGGGACAGAACGACAUCUACUAUAUCACUGGCGAGAGCAAGAAGGCAGUGGAGAACUCCCCCUUCCUGGAGAAGCUGAAGAAGAGGGGCUAUGAGGUCCUGUACAUGGUUGACGCUAUUGACGAGUAUGCUGUUGGUCAGCUCAAGGAGUUUGAGGGAAAGAAGCUUGUCUCUGUCACAAAGGAGGGUCUGAAGCUUGAUGAGACCGAGGACGAGAAGAAGAGGAAGGAGGAGCUGAAGGAGAAGUUUGAGGGCCUGUGCAAGGUCAUCAAGGAGGUUCUGGGUGACAAGGUUGAGAAGGUGGUGGUGUCUGACCGCGUUGUGGACUCACCGUGCUGCCUUGUCACCGGUGAGUAUGGCUGGACUGCCAACAUGGAGAGGAUCAUGAAGGCACAGGCCCUGAGGGACUCGAGCAUGGCUGGCUACAUGUCGAGCAAAAAGACUAUGGAGAUUAACCCGGAGAACCCAAUCAUGGAUGAGCUCCGCAAGCGUGCCGAGGCUGACAAGAAUGACAAGUCAGUCAAGGAUCUCGUGAUGCUGCUGUUUGAGACUGCUCUCCUGACCUCUGGCUUCAGCCUGGAUGACCCCAACACCUUCGGCACCCGGAUCCACCGCAUGCUCAAGCUCGGUCUAAGCAUCGAUGAGGACGAGUCUGCUGAGGCUGAAGCUGAGAUGCCUCCGCUGGAGGACGACGCCGGUGAAAGCAAGAUGGAGGAGGUCGACUAA